AUGCCCGUCGAUAUUCCUGAACACAUUCUGCCCUAUCUGGAGAGACAUCCUCUGCAAGCAGGCCCGCUUCUCACUUCCGUCAAAGAUCUUUCACUUUCUGUGGGAUGGACGGAUGUGCGUAUAGUGUCUCUGACUGGAGACGCCUUGGAAUGGGCAGUGAUUAUUGGCCGCAAACGGAAAGAAGAUCCUCUCCGUGCUGCUCUCCCUCUCCCUAUACAUACAACUUCCCUCCGCCCAUCAGUCUUGCGCGCAAUCUUCAAAGCACUCGAGUCGUUCGACUACGACUCGCUACCGCCGGUGAUGCCGCCCUUUGCGCCCACUCUGGGUGAGAUGCGGGAAACCCUCGGGGCACAGCUGCCUGUGGACGGAGAAUUAGCAGGCGAGGGAACAGGGGCUGAUGGAGCGGUGAAAACGGAGGCAGGGGCGGCGGAGGAGAAUAAAGAGUUUGAUAAGGAGACGCUGUAUACUGCUAUAGUGACCGGUGAUUCCACGGUGGUGUACUACAAGAUUGCCAAGGGGAUUAAGAAGCCGCACGAUAUACCAGACGAGUAG